AUUUAAUGUCAACAAAUCUAAAUGAAAAUUGAAAAAUACAUAUUUUGUGAAAAAAUAGUACAUAAAAAGCGAAAAUAUAUUUUGUUAAUUUAAGAUAGAUUUUUUAUUAUAAUGGAAGCAACAUUAUCGGACGAAUGUUUGGAUAUCGUCGAUAAAUCGAAGGGUAGCAAAUUUUUCGAUGAUGUUAUUGGUCACAUAGAAGACAUUGUGGUUGGAGAAGAAUUUCAGGCCCUACAUAAUAACUUCCUAGAGAAAUAUUGGCAUUGCAUUGAAAAUACUGAGGAAAACAAAUUGGUAUAUAUGGAUAUAUUUCAAGAGUACACCAAUACCUUUGAGACCUUUCUAAUUGAAGAACUAUGUGCCCGUAUGCCUGAUUUUAAUAUGAGCCAAUUCGCGGAGGAGCUUGAGAAAAAUGAAGCGUUCGAUGACAUUUUAAGUAGCGGCGAAAUCAUUGAGCUUUUACAUUCAUUUAAUAGCUUUGAAACGUUUAAGGAACUCAUGCUGGAUUACCGUAGCGCUAAAGAGGGUCUUAUGGAACACUUAGACUCAAAUAUACUCGUUACAACUUCGUAUUCGACAACAAACUCAACAAUUUCCAAUGUUAAAACAGAAGACGAAUGUGAUAUCUAAAAAACCGUAUUAAUCUGAAUAAUCUACACGCUACUACAACGUCGUAAGAAAACCCGUAGUUUAACUAUAAAUUUAUAUAGAAAUUUAUUUACAUAAUUCGUCUAAGCAAUUGUUAAUAAAAUUGUGUGUGUGUAUUUAUAAAAAUAAAUAUAUUUUCUGUGUUGA